AUGCCUAUAAAAUCGAUGUUAUUACAUUAUCAGGUCUCAGCAGCUAUGCUUUUAGAUCGUUUAAAGAGAGAGGCGGAGAUUAUAUAUAGUUACGUGAUUCCCUCCCCUACGAUAUCACCUGGGAGGAGACUAUAUCGCGGAAAGCGAGAAUAUAUAAAACAUAGAGGAUCUCGCUACCACAUUUCACAGCAGUCUCUAUACGCUAGCGGCUGCUCUAUUAAUAAGACCUAUUAUCCUUAUCGCCCACAGCCUAGGCGGCCUAAUUAUAAAGCAGGCUUUAGUGGCCCUAUUAAAGUUAAAGAAUAA